CGGCGCCGCGCUUCCGUAGAGCCGGGGCAGCAUGGCGGCGGGCGGGGCGGCCGAGCUGGCUCAGGCCCUGAGCCGGCCCCUGAGCUGCCUGCAGGGUCCCGAGUGCGGCCGGGCGGCGCGGCUCCGGGCUCUGGAGGCCAUCCGGACCGAGGUGCAGGAGCGGCCGCUCUCGUCGGAGGCGGUGCAGGAGGUUUUCGAGACGCAGUUGGUGCGGCCGCUGGCGCGCUGCCUGGCGGGGGACGCGGCGGAGCGGUGCCGGGAGCUCGCGCUUCAGCUCCUCCUGCACGGGCUGAGCCGCUGCGAACGGCCCGGAGAGGCGCUGCCCGUUCUCCUGCCGGUCCUCGCGCAGCGCCUCGGCACGCCGCAGGGCGCGGAGUCGUGCGAGGAGCUGCGCCUCGGCCUGCUCCAGCUGCUGGGGCUGCUGCUGCGGCGCGGCGGGGCCGCCGUGGCCCCGUACCUUUCCGAUGUGGUCGGCAUCCUGCAGGCCGCUCUCCUCGACCACUACGCCGAGGUCAGGCGGGAGAGCUGCAGGUGCGCCGUGGCCUGCGCCCAGGCCGUGCCAGAGCACUUCCAUAUGCAGUCAGAAUCUCUGAUAAAGCCCUUAAUGCAAACAAUUUCACACCAGCACUACAGAGUUCGUGUGGAUGUAAUUCAGGCUACUGGAGCAGUGAUACAGUUUGGAAAUGGGAAGUCUGUGGAUGAUGUUCUGUCUCAUUUGGCCCAGCGAUUAUUUGAUGAGAUUCCCAAGGUUCGACAAGCGGUAACAACCGUCAUUGGAGAAUGGCUGCUGCACCUCCGGGACAGAUACUCCUAUUUUCACAAGUUGAUCCCUCUGUUACUCAGCAGCAUUACCGAUGACAUUCCUGAAAAUGUGACGCUGGCUUGGACUUACUGGGAAAAGAUAGGCUUGCAGUGGGAGAAGGAGAAUGAAGAAGAUCUGAAGGAUAAGAUGGAUUUUAGUGUUCCACCAUCUCAUUAUCCCAAAGGAGUGACUCGACCAGGACUGGGCUGUCGGGAACUCGUGUCGAGAAACCUCUCCAAAGUCCUUCCAGGUCUCUGUCGUGAUCUAACAGACUGGGUUGGAAGCACAAGGGUGAAAGCAUCCCAGCUUCUGUGUGUGUUACUGCUGCACGCGGAGGACCACAUAACACAGCACAUGGAGCUGCUUCUCAGAGCUUUGUAUCAAGCGUGCUCGGAUGACGAAAGCGAGGUGGUUAGGAAUUGUGUGAAAGCAGCAGAAUUGAUUGGAACGUUUGUCAGUCCUAAAGUAUCUUUGAGAUUAAUCACAUCAGCCUUUGGGAUAACGCCUAAGCCGUCGUGUUUAAUGGUUCUAGCUGCAGUGAUUCGAGGUAGCCCAAAAGAAAUCUUGCAGCCUCAUUUGACUGAGCUUGGCGACACGCUGUCACAAGCUGGAGUUUGUCAGCAAUCUGAGGAGGUCCUUUACGUGGAACAGCUGCUUUGUUGUGUGCAAGCAUUGAUUGAAGUAUGCCAGGAACACUGCCAAGAAAUUUGCUUGCAGCUCAUGAAAGUUUUGGUGACGGUGAUGGCAGUACCGAGCUCUCAGCACCUUAAAGAGAAGGCAGAAGAAACAAUGUGUUCAUUAGCUGAAGUGCAGCAAUUGGAUGGAUUCCUUUCUCUCUACAAGCAGCAUAUCCUUCAGCUUCUGGAAUGGGUCUCAGUGUCACACGACAGUUGGACUUGCUAUUCUCCAGAAAUAUUACAGUUAGAAGUCAUUGCAACUCAUUCAGGUCCUGUCAUAGGCGAAGCUCUCCAUGACUUUAUUCUCAUCCUUAAGACGUGUCUUCAGCCAAACAAAGAUCCCCAGAUGCGCUUAAAACUCUUCACUGUUCUAUCAGAGUUGCUCCAGAAAGCCAAUGAAACCGUCAAUUCUCAGGGGCUGUUCCCUAGCUACCUGGAGGUUGUGAUAAAGGACGUCCUGGCUCCUAAUCUGCAGUGGCAUGCUGGGAGGACAGCAGCUGCCAUCCGCACCACAGCUGUGUCGUGCCUUUGGGCCCUUAUUCACUGCCAGAUGCUUGCACCAGAAGAGAUCUUAAAAGUCAAAGAUGCACUAAUGCCCCACGUUAUUGCUGCCAUGGAUGAAGACUCCAAAAUCAGCCGGCUGCUGGGCUGCCGCAUUGUUGGGAGUAUUUUAAAAGCCUGUGGGAGGCAAUUCGAUGAAAUCCAGCUUGGCAAGACUUACCCGGAAGUUUUAAAGCGUCUGGAUGAUGCGUCGCCUGAUGUCCGACUGACCGCUGCUCACACCUUAACGAACUGGUUUGAAUGCUUGAAGGACAGCGAUGUGAAAUCUGCAAUGAAAAGUCACAUUGAGUUUCUGUACCAAGAGCUGUUGAUACACCUGGAUGACCAAGAUCCAAACACCCAAAAUGCAGUCCUAGAAGUAUUGAAAGAAGGAAGCGUUUUAUAUCCAGAACUGCUUGUGAGAGAAAUUGAAGCAGCUAUCCAAAAGCAUCGAACACCAGUCUAUUGUAACCAACUACUACAUCACAUUCAGUCCGCCAGAGAGCCAGCUUCGUGAAUCGGUUCCACAAGUCUUUUUAGUGAGCUGCAGUUGGAAUCUGUAUGAUCUGGAUUGCUUUCAUGUUUCAUUUGCUCAAGGUAGGCUGAGCAGUAAAUAGAUUUUUUUUCUUUAGACGUUCAGUAUUACUUCAUUUAGAACUCAGGUUGGCACAGCUCUACGUUCUUUGCCAUUUGAGCAGUUCUUUGUAUUUACUAUCAAUAAAACAAUGUUUUAAUUCUCUUUGCACUGGAAGCUUUCUAGAUAAAAGGUUUAAAAGAGGACUAUUUUUCAAGAAUUUGACACUGUUUCUAUUUGUGAAAGAUCAUUUAUUUUAAAAAGUAAUAGUCUAAUGUCAAAGAUAUUUAUGUUGUUCAGUGAGGAUUCAGUCUUCCAAGGAGCAUUUCAGACUCUGGCUAAUAUUCAGGCUUUGCAGAGUCACAUCGGUGAGGAUCAGUUUGACCAGAAAUAGAGGCAGCCAAACUUCUGUUGCAUAAUGCAGCAGAAUUUUCGUGAUGUUUUGAGUGCUCAUUAUGCUGGAAUAACGGGGACAUAUUCUGAGUAGGUGUCACUAAGGGAGUGUUUUGUAUUGUCAUUGUAUUCUGCUUCAUGAGUGAGAAUAAAGCUGACAUUUUUUAAAUUAAGGGUUGUAUGUGGAAGAAAAUGUGCUUUUUGUCAUUUAGACUACCAGUAUUUGUGUUGCAUUAAUUAAACAUAUAGUAUCUGCA